AGCACCCCGAGUCACACAAACAGAUGGCCGACGUCCCUCUCUUUUUCCUCCUGACUGUGAACUCCCCCCUUAAAAUGCGACGUGAAACCGCACACGUGAGCUCCAAAUCGUGAAAAAAAAUCCCCGGGGAAGUGUUUUAAUGGAUGUGAGCCUGAAAGAUGAGUCUGAUCAUGGACAACAGGCUAGAGGCGAUGGACACGGAGGCGGAGGUGAAGAAGCUGCAGGCGCUCGUGAGGGAGCUGGAGCUGCAGAAUGAGGAGCUGAGGUCAGAGCGGCAGCAGUUGAUGAAGGACGGCGCUGGAGGUGGCAGUGGCAGUCCCGUGGGCGUGGGUGGAGGCGAGAAGGACGCCCAUUCGCAGCCCUCGACGCCCAAACGCCAGCAGGGACUCGCAAGCCUAGAGACCAUGGAUCCUAUAGGCGUCGAGGACUCGUAUUCCGACGACGAAACUUGGUUAUUUGAUUCCCCAAAAACGAAACCCCAUGACACAGAUUGGUUACGAAAAGAUGUGGAUGACCCAGCCCUUUGUGUUGUCAAAAAGUCGUUAAUUCAGAAAUUAGAUCAGAUUGCAUUGUCCCCCCACCACUCCCCCCGGCACUCGUUCAGCCCUUGUUCGUCGUCGGGAGUCUUGUCCCCCGACUCCCCCCCCUCCUCUCGAGGUGAAAUAGACACCAGAACCUUUGUGAGACCAAAGAAGAAAAGGUCCCUAGUAUUUGGUGAUGCUGUAAAUGAUGAAAACAGGAAUUCGUUGCUAAGGAGAGAUGGGAGUUCACGAGAGUGCCUAGCCCGAUCCAGUGGGUCUUUGGGGUCAGAGGAAGACGACCGACUCAGCUCCGCGUCGGAGGGGAGCUUCUCCUACCAGCUGACGGACGUGGCAGACGUCAAUGCCUUGGCCCGCCUGCAGGAAGAGAGUUUAAAGCUUCCUGACCCAAGAAGAGGUUCAAGAUUACCAGGUAUACGUGCAGGAAGUACUGGAAUCCCCUAUGCCUCGGGUGGUUCCGGGGGAUCGGCAACCAGCUCUCAGGAGGAUCUGUUAUCGGGUCCCCAUCCCGCGAGCAGCCCCCGCCGACCCAUGCGAGGUCUACAGCCUCCGCGACGCUAUGCCUCUCACGCGACUCCUUCCAGGGAAGGGUCUGACCUCUCCACACCUCCAGAUAGCCCCUAUAAUUCGCAGCACAAUUUAGAAGUUUGUAAUGGUAGGAGUGGUUCUCGUCUCCCUAGUGGCCUGAACCGAGGCUAUGGUAGUGAUCCCCGAUUAUUAGAGCACACCACGCCCACCAGUAGCCGUGGUGCGUCACCUGCCAGAUCCCACGAUUCUCCCUCUGCCUCGCAGUCUGAUAUCCGCCAAGGACCAAAGGGCUCAAGGCUACAGGCUCCUCAGCCUAAGUUUUCGCCAAGGCGGAAGGUGCGUAGCAGAUUAAGUGCCCCAUCGCCUGUACGUAUACCAAUGGGCGGAGCAUCCGGACUUCCACAACCCACAGAAAUCCCGCGGCCCAAAGCCACCGGUAUCCCCCGCCCUGGCUCUCGGCUCCAGCCCCCUAAAGCCAGAUCAGGAUUGGUCCAACCAAGAUUUCAAGCAGCGGCACAGGAUGACUGGAGGGACGGAUGCUUCUGAGACCCCCCUUGCCAGUCCUGAGGAGUCGCUGGGAUCUGCCACAGGAUUUGCUUAGGCUGUCAUCAACUCUAGCUCAAGAAUAUGAUUUUUUUUUUUUUUUUUCUUUUCUAUUAUUCUUUUUCUUUUUUUAUUCAAAUAUGUUGUGAAAAGAUUCUUCUAAAUUUAGAUAUUUUCCUAAGUACAGUAUAUAAAUAUGUAUGAUAAAUGUUAAAUGGACUUUGUUACUACAUUUAUAUUCAUACGAUAAUUUUUCUCGUAUGAGGAUUACUCAUAGUUGGUCUCAAAUGCACUGUGGUGGAAGAAUUUUAUUUUUUCUUGUUUUCAAAUUGGUGCUUUGGCCAAGAGCCAUAUUAAAAGGUGUUGCAGUGGUGAGCGUCUGAUGUGGUUAUAAUUACCUCGUUUAGAGGAGUGGUACUUAUCCAUGACCUAGUUUACCCUGAUCAAAUAGACAAGGACGACUCACCACCUGUGUAUCUGGUACUUUGAUAUUCAGUUACGUUUCAAGAGUAUGUACAAGAAAGUCUGUAUCUUUGAAUGUGACUUAGUUGUCGAAACCCUGUAAGGGCAAUCCUACUGGUGGCAAGCCAGUCCUAGAAAACAUUUAGAGUUUAGAGAAGAAAUUCAAGUGGCAACAGUGUGAUACCCCAGUGGUCUAUUGGCCGCACAUUCCAACUCUUCCUGGUCCUUACGUUUGGACCCCUUAGCUGCCGACAAUAGUGAGGCCUUCCUUUGAAUCUGCAUCAUGCUGAUCUAGCCCCCCCGACCCCCCAAGUUAGAUGAGAGGAGUAAUAAUGCAAAUUUUUUCACUUCCUCAUGUCUUUUUAUUACACAGGUUUAGGCUUUGUAACCCUUUGCUUCUUAUAUAAGCUUUAAGCAAUAAGUAUUUCUAAUCCCGACUUGGUUUUUUGGAUAGCAAGGAUCUAAUAGCGAAUCAGGGAAUCGCAAGUUGUUAGAAAUUUUUUUAAUAAUGUCUUAGAUCGUUUAAAAAAAAACAAAAAUAGAAGAAAGGAAAAAAAAAAAGGUUAAAAAAAAGAAGAAAAAAAAAAAGUUUCUGAGACACCAGUUUUCUCAACAGUUGAAGUUGAGGCAGUAACUUGCAUCCUCACUAACACCAAGAUGACCAAUAUGCUUUAGGGAAGACAAACAACCAAUGAUAGUACCUGCUGAUAAUUUUUCUCUUUUGUUUAUGAACAGUGACCAAUAGGUUUUAGGAAAGAAAGGAGGGGAUCCAGCAAUAGUUAACUAAUGAAAAGGCUGUUGUAGUGCCCCCAAAACAUGA